AUGAAGUCCUUCCUCAACUUCCUGCUGGCUCUGCCAGCCGCGCUGGCCGCGCCUGUGAUGCUGGAGACCAGACAAUCAGACAACAUCCUCGGCUCAUGGAUCGUCCGCGUCAACAACGAUGCACCUUUGGCAAACAUCAUCUCGCAGGUUGCAGCAGUCGCCGGCGUGCAGCCAACCCACAAAUACGAGUUCGGCAACUUCAAGGGUUUCUCCAUGGAUGGCAUCACCGACGCCGUGUCUCUGCUCGCCAACAUCGCAUCCAUCCAGUCCAUCGAGCCAAACACCCGCGUGUACGCCUCUGCCCUGACUAGCCAGGCUAACCCACCAUACGGCCUUGCCCGCAUCUCACACCGUGAUGCAGGUGCCACCAGCUACGUCUACGACGACUCUGCUGGUGCGGGUACUUUCUCCUACAUCAUUGACACCGGCAUCAGAAUCACCCACCAAGAUUUCGGUGGUCGAGCAGUCGAGGGCGCCUCCUUCGUGGAGGAAGAGCCAACCGCCAUUGAUGGCAACGGCCACGGAACUCACGUCGCCGGUACCACCGGUGGUACUACCUACGGCGUCGCCAAGAGGACCAACCUCAUUGCCGUCAAGGUCCUGGGUGCUGAGGGCUCCGGAAGCAACGCAGGUGUCCUCGCCGGAAUCGACUGGGCUGUCAACGACAUGAACUCCAAGGGCCGCAGAGGCAAGGCUGUCGGCAACCUCUCCCUCGGCGGUCUCUUCUCGCCAACCACCAACGCUGCCGUCGCCGAGGCUGUCCGUCAAGGUCUCUUCCUCGCUGUCGCCGCUGGUAACUCUGGUCUGCCAACUUUCACCGCUUCCCCAGCUUCUGAGCCGUCAGUCUGCACUGUUGGUGCUACUGAUGCUCAGGAUAACCGUGCUAGCUUCUCGAACUUCGGACUUCUUGUUGACGUCUUCGCCCCUGGCGUCAACGUCACUUCUGCUUGGUUCGAAUCGGAUACCGACACCAACACUAUCUCCGGCACUUCGAUGGCAUCUCCACACGUUGCUGGUCUUGGUGCUUACCUUUUGGGACUUGAGGGUGCUCGUGAGCCAGGUCCACUGUGUGAGCGCAUCCGUGCUUUGUCGACCAAGGGCAAGAUCAGGGCUCUUGACACACUUUUGGGCCUCAGCAAGAACCAAUUGGCGUACAACGGAAAUGGCGCUUAG